AUGACUAUCCACAGAGACGAAUCCACAGACGUAGAUCCUGUACAGAUAUGGAGUGCCAAAGAUUUAGAAGCAGAAUUCAGCAAAAUGCUGAAAGCAUACCACGACAAGGAAACAGAGUUUAAUUGGGAGGCAAGAGAUCAAUCCAUAACACGUUUGAGAGGUAUUCUUCGGGGAAACGCAACGGAAUCACCGUACCUUGAAGUUUUGAUGCCAUGUAUGAAACAGAUGGUGGAUGGCAUUGUUAAAGCCGUCGAGAGUCUUCGCACUCAACUGGCAGUCAAGGCCCUGUUGUUGGUUACAGACAUUGGUAUCUACAUUGGCAGGCAUUUGGACAACUACACCACAGAUCAGAUCCUCCUGUGUAUGAUGCGGUGCUCUAGCUUGACCAAAAAGAUGGUAGCCAGUGCCUCGCUGGAAACAACCAAAUCCUUUCUCAAGCACACACAGUUCUACCCCAAGAUCAUGAACAUGCUCCACUUGUCCAUGAACGAAAAAAAUAGCCAGGUGAGAUUGUAUGCCAUGACUUAUAUCAAGACACUGUUGCAGACACAUGCGCAUCAUGACCGCACUCGGCAAACAAUAGAUCGUAGUCAUAGCACAGAGCAAUUUGAGAACAUUAUUGUCAAGGGGUUAAAUGAUCCAAUCCCGGCUGUGAAAGAAGUGUGCAGAGAGGCAUUUUGGAUAUUUUGGGAGCAUUGGAGAGACAGAGGCGAGGGCAUCUUGCGACAGUUACCUCCAGCCGCACAGAAACAGUUGGAAAAGUCGAAAACCAGCACAAAAGCCAGUACUGCCAAAUCCAUGCAUAGCCCUACUAUAUCGCCUCGAGCAUCCAGUUCCUUGGGCAGACAUCGCCACCAGGACCUAUCGCCUUCCACUUCCAGCGCCUCGAACGGAUCACUCAAGCGAUCCAUGUCGCCAUCCAACAACCGAGCCGUGUCGCCACCCCAUCUGCGAUCGCCACCACCGCCUUCCUCCAUCUCGUCUCAAAUGCAGCAAGAUCCUACACAACAUCAACCUACACACAAAACGCGUGUACCAACAUUGAGUCGAAAAAAGUCAGCUGUCAGUUUAAUCAAGCGAAAACCUACCAGCAAUUUCAUGAAUCUGAUCACAAGUGAUGAUAUGUUUCAACGAUGCGAGGGCAUUGUACUACUAGCAAAGAAACUAGCCCCAUUCCCUCCCUCAUUUGAUAUCAACAACAACAACAACAACAACAACAACAACAAUAAUGAAAUCCAGCUGGAUGUCCCCAACAGUCCGCCCGUCUAUGGAGAACAACUACGAGUCAUUGUCAUCAAGCUGUGGGAGGACCACUACCCUGAGCCUCUGUUUAGCUGGGAUUCCGUCACCUGCAUCAUGUUUCGACUACUGACAUUUGAAGAAUACAUUCCCAAGCUAAUACUGGAGGCCAAUGCCGAUGGUAAAUCAGAGAACGAUCUAGCGAAGCAGCAGCUGGCUCAAAUGGGCCUUGUGAGAGCAAAACUAUUCCUGCAAUCCCAUCAUCCUGCGCUCGUGGAUACCUUGUUCAACUGUUUGAUCCAGUACGGCAAUUUUGCUAUUGCAAAUACGCCGGGAUCGUUAGCUGUUACCACCUCUUCGUUUGAUAGAGUGGCUAUUGGAAGCAAAAAGGACAUUACUCGGUUACCAGCAAACAGAAGAAAACUCACUAAACAGUUUUUGGAAUGGAUGGACGAGCUUGUGACACCAUUAAUUGGAUUAAGCGAAGAUGUAGACGUUACAGCCAGAGCCUUUGAAGGAGUACCUACAGAGUAUGUGGAUCUGGUCAACAACAACGAUAGCCAUGCGGCAGCCUCGGCCACUUCAGAAUGGUUUGAAUCGGACGAUAAUAUACGGCAAUGUCUGGCCAUCUUGCUGCCUCUUAUCACCACGUCUACUUCAGGCACCAUGUGGCAUGCUCCGCUCGUCACCUUCAUCAAGCACAUCCGACUACUUAACCAGCGAUUGUUUGAAAUGGUAACCACCACAUACGAUGACUAUUCGGUCAACAAGAUAUGCAGAGUUUUGGGGAUUCACAUUAGAGUAGAGCCGCCUCUGUCUAUUGUGCCACAGCAACAGCUCACUGAGGAAUCCAUAAUGGCAGUUGACGAUAUCAUACAGCACAGCGAGCCUUUAUUUGAAGCAGAAACACUACCAGCUCCUUUGAUGGAUUCCAGUGAACCACCUGUCGCUAUUGAUGAGGUGCUGUACGAUGAUCCUCCUCUGAAUGCGUCCAGCUCAGACUUGACAUCACAACCCCUCAUCGACGCUCCUUUGGUAGACAAGCUCACUCUACAAGAGAGAAACGACAUUUUAGAUCAUGACGCACACUUGAUAUCCUCCUCCACUGCUGCCGUUGCUACACCUUUUGAGCAUAGAAAGGUACAAGAUGAGGUUCCUAUCCCUGACUACUUUGGCCCCAAACAGAAUGUAGUCGAAGUUAUGUAUACUCACGACACUAGUCCUGCUACUGCAUCCAUAUUAGAUGGUCGCACGGUCUCUGGUACAUCUACGUCAACAACAACAACAAAGCAGGUUGUAUCAUCGUCUCCUCUUUUACCCCCUAUUGAUGCACCUCAACCAGUAACAAGCCAACCUGAGAAAUCUUUGUCAGAGCCAUCAUCGACAGUGACACCAUUACCACAGACAGCAUCGCCAGUCGCAGAGUCUGUGGCGCCAUCACCACCAGCACCAACAGCAGUAGCGCCUCAUGUCCCUGCACCCCCAACACAACUGCUGCCCUCUGAACCUAAUUUAGAGACAUAUCCUAUUCCCACUCACGUACCAUUCUUUGCCCCUGAAAAAGUCAAUUUCCCAAAUCCAGUAUUCAGAUCCAAUGUGCGAACCAACAUUGUCGCUGUCUCUCAAUCCACCACAACGACUUCCACCACUACCAAUGGUACUUCCAAUGGAAGACAUCUCAAGGAUAAGACGACAUUGCUGUAUACGUUAAUAGAUAAAUUGAAUUCAGCGUCAUCAUCAACAACAACACAUGCCGAUACAUUUCGUAAAUUAACUCGCUUGUUUAAAGAAGUGCCUAUCCGAAGACGCUGGGAUCAAGGAGGCAUAGAAGAAACCGGGAGCGAGACAUGGGCUGGUGCUUUGGGUGAUGCUGGGAACUUUGUGGAGACAGUACAGGCGAUCCUACCCCAUUUGGACAACAACACUGUUGCAUUGGAGUGCAUCCGUCAACUAGCAGUAACUCAAACUGGCUUGUUUCGUUAUUACGAACGAAAAUUAGAUGAUCAGGGCAAGAGUUUAGAAUCGCAACUCAUGGAGAAACUAUUAGAUAUUCGAUGCAACGAUAAUCCUACGAUUUGCGUUGCUGCAGAAGAUGCACUAGACGCAGUUUUGGGUACAUUGAACCCUCCCACGGCUUUCGAGAUGUUAAUGGCAUUUAUUAUUUAUCGACUAUUAAUAUUGCCAUGUAACGAGGAAUUGACCGACGUCAGAUACCAUCCUGUAGGCUCUGCAUUUACAUAUCUCGGUAAAUGGGUGAAGGAGAUGAACGAGACAUUCUACAUUGAUGAAUGGUUAUCCAAGCGAGGUGGCGUGAAUGCCAUAUUCAAGGCCAUUAAUCACCCUCUUAUCAAUAUACGAAAAUCGUGUGUGGAUGCCAUGGUCGCCUUUCACGAAAUCAUUGGAGACGACAUGUACCAGUUCUUGACAGAUUUUAGGGAAGACCAACUCAAUCUUCUAAAGUACUAUGUUGCAAAAUCACAAAAGAAGAAGAUUAGUCUUCGGAGAGACAACAACAACAACAACAACAACAACAACAACAUGAGCAACGGUCAAUUUUGA